AUGUUUAAAUCAGAUCAAAUUCAAAUAGAUCAAAGCCCUUUCAGAUAAUUGUGGUUCUUACUUUCAUUUUAUUAAGGAUAAUGUUAGAUAUUUGCUCUUUUAAAAAUUCCAUUGUAUUAAAUUUAAGAAUGCAAUACGAAUUUAAUUCAAUUGCAAAUAAUGAAAUAAUAUAAAGUAAUAUUUUCCCUAAAUCAUUUCUAAAUUAAUAAAUAAUUACAUUCGAUAUUAAUAAUUCAAAUACUGUUGUAUUAAUAUUCACUUACAAUAUUAAAAAUGCACCAAUUAUUUCAAGUUCUGUUAUAAGUACAAUUUAUUAAUUAAAUAUUAAAUUCAGUUCUGCUUAAUCAGUUAUUUUAUUAACAGAAUUUUCUAUUAGUAGUGCAAUCUUUAUUACAACAAAUUCAUAAAUAAUAACUAUGCCAAAUUAUAUUGGUAAGCUUCAAGUAAAUUCACAGCAAAUAGUGCAUUGAUUUAAUUAAAUUAAAUAGAUAUUAAUUAUUAAACUACAUCAUAUAGUGGGAUAAUAAUGGAUUUUCAUAAUUUACAGUUUAAUUUCCAGAAAUAUUAGUUAUAGGAUAACAUAAGUUACCAUAAUUCUCAUUUAAUGAAUUUACAAUGUAAAAUUUAUUACGAGUAGAUUUUAAAAGUAGUUACGAUGAAUUUAGUGGAUAUACAUUUUGUGGAGCUUAAAAUGAUAAUUUAAUUGUUUGA